GUGAAGCUUGUCGGCGACAUCCACGGCCAGUACGCGGACCUGCUCCGCGUCUUCGACGAAUUUGGUUUUGGCGCAGGCCCCGGCGACGUCCGCUACCUCUUCCUCGGCGACUACGUUGACCGUGGCGCGCACGGGCUCGAGUGCGCGCUGCUCCUCCUCUGCUCCACACUGUUUUGGUCGGGACGUCCCAAACCGGCGGUCGAUUUCCACACAGGCGGGAACCAUGAGUGCGCGGCGAUCAACCGCAUCUACGGCUUCUGCGACGAGUGCAAGCGCGCCUACGGCCUGAAGGUCUGGAAGCAGUUCAACGACGUCUUCAACUGCAUGCCCGUCGCCGCCCCGGGGGGCCGGCGGGCGACGGCCGCCCGCCGGGGCGCGGCCCGCCCGCGGGACGACGCGGGCCCCCGGCGCAGGCACGCGCGCGGCUGGGCCGAGUCCGAGCGCGGCGUGUCCUACACGUUCGGCGAGGACGUCGUCGCCAAGUUCCUCGAGGCCCACGACCUCGACCUGCUCGUCCGCGCGCACCAGGUCGUCGAGGACGGCUACGAGUUCUUCGCGAACCGCAUGCUCGUCACGCUCUUCUCCGCGCCGAACUACUGCGGCGAGUUCGACAACGCGGGCGCCGUCAUGGCCGUCGACGACACGCUCAUGUGCUCCUUCCACAUCCUCCAGCCCGCCGCAAAGCCGCAGCCACCGCGCCCCCUCGCGUCGCGCGCGCCGACGCCUCGGUGAGCCCGGGCCGGCCCGCCUCGAAGCCCCCGCGUCCGAGCAGCCCUAGUAACAAUGCUCUCGCGGUGAU